AUGGCGGGCUCCCAGCUGCCGCAGCCGCUUCUGUUGCUGCUGCUGAAACCUGGUGGGAGUUCCGGAACUGCCAGUGUCACCUCUACAGGUAAGAACAGGUGCCUGGGGAAGCAGAUUAGGGCUGAUCCUCCUUGGGAGCUCAGAGGUGGAUCUCUGCCGUCAAACAUCACCUUGUACCAGACCUGCUUCAGAGGCAGGUUCCAUAACCCCCUCAAAUUCAGGGGCAACCUCCACCAUGCAGCCCAUCUCCUCACAAGCAGAGAGACAGUCACCCACUCCAGCUCCGGCUCUCCCAGUUCAGAGCACACCGUCACCUCCCACUCUAGCCCCCUGAGUUCCAUCUCCUUGACCACCCUGCAUCGGAGCCCCACUCACCCCAAUCCCAGCACGGUGCCUUCCUCCGUGUCCCCGGCCACCACUGACGGGACAUCCGUGGCCUCUGACCUUGGUGAGUAUUGGGACAUUUGGGCAGAUGGGGGAUGGUUGCGGAUACCAGGGUGCAGUUCUGAGGUUGGCCACCAGGGGGAGACACACACCUAUCCUGUGUCGGGCCCUAAGGGAUGGGGUCUAGGGCUGACUCAGAGCUCCCCUCCAGGUGACACUGGAGCCCCCAAGUUGCACAGGAACCCAGGUGUGGUGGUGGCCGUGUGUCUGCUGGUGUGUGUUUUGCUCAUCUGAUGUGUGAUAAUGGCCGUGAGGUGCUGCCACAAAGGCGUGUCUGAGUUCCAGAAGCUGGAUGAGGGCCUUGUGAGCUGAAGGUCAUCCUCUGCCUGUCACACACUGGAGUGA